CUGGGCUGCGCCAAGGGCCAGAUCAUUUGCCUGAAUUACGGCAAUGGCUUCGAUUUCUCUGACGAAGCGAAUGGCGGGCAGCCGGCGGCAAAGAAGCCCAAGCUGGGUAUCGAGCGCUUCGUGAAAGAGGUUUCCGAAGAUGGCAAUAGCCAGCCGGGCGGUCAGGACUCGGCCCCCAACAAGGAGGACGCGAACAAGGGAGAGUCCCCGACCAAGCCUCCAGGAACUACUCCUCCGGCGCCAGCGCAGAAGCCAGGGGAGUUGAACUCCAAGGACGUGGAGUUGGAGCAAUUGAGCGAGCACCUGAAGCUUGUGUGGGAUCCGGAGGCCUCCUCCCUGGUCGUUCUCAACAAGUCUGGCGCCAACAAGAAAUUGCCUCAGUGCUUGCUCUACAAGGCCCGCGAUGGCAAGCUCGACUCCGAGGGGGUGUUGGCAUGGAGCUUCGAUUCCUGUAAAGAGCAAGUCUUCCAGGUCCAGCCCGACAAGUCCUUUCAAGCCAAGACAUUGAAGGAAAUCAUUGUCCAUGAGAAGGCCACAAGCAUCAUGAAGCACAGUCCGCAGUUCAAGGCAGGAAUGGCGCCGUCCAAGUUGAAGAGCCCUGACCAGCUCUUUUUCGCGGUCCGAAACGACCAGGACCAAGCUAUUCUGAAGAUGGCAGUGAAGAAUGCUGCACUGAAAGUGCGGUGGGCUGUCAAGAUGAUCGGCAGUGAGGUGUGUGCUUAUGGCGUGCUCGUCCACCUUGCCAAGCAGAUUUCGGUGAAGCCCGG